GAGUUGUUGGAAAAUUGCAGCUCAAGGCUUUUGUUCUUUGUACAGGAUAAAAGUAGCAGACAAGCAGUCUUCUGAACGAUGUUUGGGGGAGAGGAGGGGAGCACAAAAAAGCAUGUGGAAAUAAAGAUGUAAAAUGUUAUUUUGGCAUAUUAAGGUAAACUUACCCUCUGUCUGAUUCCCGCACUUCAAACAGUCCACGAUGGAUCCGUGUUUUGCCACAUCUUUUAGCGACUGGCCUUGUUCCCUUUCGGCUGGCGUCUCGUGCCGUUUAUGUGUUCACGAGAGGAUGAUGUUGUCAACAUCACAACAAGUCGCCCUGGCUUUCACGGCCGUGCUUUUCACAUUUGUGGUCCUGCCGAGGUUGUUUGGCGUCGGCGUCGGGACCGGGGCGAAGGAAAACCGAUUUGACUCUCGCUACACUAGAAAAGGAGCAGGUCCGGGCCCCGGCGCAGUGAGAGGUCAGCCCAUCAACAUGAACGCCCCCGGUUCGCCUCAGAGCCCUGAGAACAUGCAGCAGAUGAAGAAGCUGAUGGAGCAAGAGCUGAAGGGCGACAAGUUCAAAUCCAACAGCAACAAGGGCUACGUGUUCACUCUGAUGCCUCUCUACGCCAUCGGAGUCGGAGUGUUUGCAGCCUACAAGUUUUUAAAGAUCAAGUCUGCUGAUGACCAGGCGCAAAAGGACAAAUUUGCAAAAGGAGCCAAAAAAUCGGUGGAGGCAGAGAACCAGUUGAACGAGCUGGAACAAAGGCUAGCACAGACAGAGAGGAUGCUAAACUCCAUCCUCACCCAGCUGGACCCGCUCACUAACUGUGUGAAGUCGGUGGCCCAGGAGCAGAAGAACGAGAUCAUGUCUCAACUGCAGACUAUCCGGUACCUGAUGAAGAAGAGAGGAAUGGACUGUCCACCCCUGAACAUCAACGAGGCAUCCUGUGGGCGUAAUCUGGACGACCUCAUUGAGUCGCUUGGAGCCGCUGACGGCUCUUCAGCGGAGGCUUCUGUGGUGGAGAAGAAGCAGAGCUCGGCAGAAACGGCAGAAGCUUCAGAAAGAAUCUAUCCGGAGAGUUUCAAAGCUAAAGAUGAAGCUGCCGCAGAAGGCGAAGACAUGAAGGAGCUCACGCAAGAAGAAGGGGAAGCGGAGGAAGAAGUGAACGAGGUGGACGGCGAUAAAGAGGAGGAGGAGCAGGAGGAAGGAUUGGAGGACCCUGAGCUCAUCCCUUCACUAGAGGAGCCCUAUGAGACAAACAUUGAGGAGGCUGGAGUGGAGCAGCCCAUGUCAGGCCUCAGACGACGCAACAGGCCUGAAUGAACUCACUGCAGGACUUGUGCGCUGUUCAGAAUUAUUGAGAAUAUUUAUUGUAUGAAAGGCUUUCAUUCCAAAAGUCUACUCAUUCAUCAGAAACGUAUAUUGCAUUCUUAAACAAUAACUGCACAAGGAAAGCAACAGUAAACGCCCAGGGUUCUAUUUUCUUGUUGUAUCCAAGUGAAUGUGCUGUGUGCAAAGGGACUGAGUCAGGUGGGUUUGGUCCUCUCAAUGAGCCACAUUACCUGAGCAAAUUCCGUCAUUCACUUUUUCCUCUCUGCCUCAGCAUAUCACCCCCCAGAUCAGUAUACAGAAAAGAAACACGUGCCUGUGAUCUGGAGUGUGCCUGGUUAUGUGUGCUCGCCACGCGCCGUUUGUACGUGCAUAUUGUUUAUACAUUUGGCUCCACGUCCUCGGACAACAACUCUCACCGCUAUUUGAAAAAGCAACACUUUGCCUUGCGAUGCCUCAUCCACUCAGAACCCUCAUCUUGCCGUCAUGUGAACUGCCGAUGUGCACGGAGCGACUUGUUUGACUUGAAAAUAGAGCCCACAGUGUCCUUUGCUUUCCUGUUGUUAGCCAUUUCUUUUUAAACACUAAUUACUUUUUAAACCUACCUGAUUUUGAAAUGAAAUUUCUACACGUGUCUUGUUUUACUGACUCCGUCAUAAGGUCUGCACCUGCUUGGAUGCUGAAUUGAGACAUUUAAGGCUGUGGUUCUCAAACUUUUUUCACGUCAGGGACACAGAUUAGGCCACGGAGACCCCCUCCCCCCAUUUCAUUAGAUUUUGUCCCACGAUCACCCAGCUCAUAUGAAUUUUGAUUUUAGAUGUUUUACUACAGAAACUGUAUGAAACCCAUGACCAACAUAGUCAUAUGCUCUGCCAUUGUGUUUCUUAUGGAUGGAAUUCUGGUGAAAAUAAUUUGUGUCCCCUUUUCCUGGAGACGCCUGAAACCCCUUCAAGAACCCCUUUGAAAACCACUGUUUGAAAGAUUAGAAUCUAAAGGAGGUUGGGUGUGUUUCUGUGUCACCCUUUGCUGCUUCUUUGCCUUUAUCCUUUAUUUUGGUACGGUGGGCAGCAAGCACAGAUGUAGCUAACGGUCACGGCUGCAUUCCAUUCAAGUGUUGCUGUUCAGGAGUAUUCCUGGGAUACUUCAGUGGAACAAAACUAUUUAAUUAAGUUAAUACUCUUAGUUCCGCAUGUUCUUCUCCUGCUAUGCCAAGUAACAAUAUCUACCCUGGAAAAGCUCUAUCUUACGUCAUUAUUCCACCGUGAUGAACGCCACAGGACACGAGCUCAGCACAGCUUCUGUCUGUUAGUCUCCAGGUAAUGUGCUUUCAGUGUAUUAUCUUAACACUACAGCAUCCUGUAACCACCCUCAGCGUUUGGAACCAGAAAAUUACUGAGACGGAUGAUUUCAAAAUCCACUGGAGUCUUACCAUAAACAAUGUUACUUUUUUUUUAGUAAUAUAUACUAUAUAAUUUUAUUUUAGAAUUUUUCUAUCAGAAAAGGAUUAACAGUAAUGCUGCUGAAUGUGAUGAGACUGCACAGACUGCACAAUAUCAUAACGUACAUCACGAAAGUUUGAAUUCAGGCUUGUUGCAUGUUUAUAUGUGGAAACGUAACUACAUGUUUUAUUUUGGUUGAUUGUGACUGCAGAUUUUUUUUUUCUUCAUGAGGAAAAUGACAAUCAUUCGAUCAACGAGGAACACAUCAGCUCUCAUUCAGAUUUCCUACUGAUAUAGUCUUACAUUACUUUUUAAAACCUUUUGUUUUAUUAUUAUUAUUUAUGUUGUUGGAUAGCAACAUUGUAGAAAGGAGUCAGUCAAAAGUCAGUCAUGACAAGUUUUUCAAAUGGUUUUAAUUAAGAGAUCUUCGUUAUUUGUGCUGACUCGACACCCGCCAGUGUGUUCAUGACUGCAGUUAGAACUACUAAUGUCUCCACAUUACGUUAGUCUUUAAUCUUGUAUGUAUGAUCAUCACAUCAUCAGCGUUAAUUUUGUCAUCUAUAAGAUCAAAGCUGACACUGAGUUUUAUACACAAACUGUAUUGCCACAUCUUGGAAACCACAAACCGUUGCCUUAAUUUUCUUUGUAAAUGUUUUGUAUCAGUUCUGCCCCUUUAUGUAUUGUUCCAUUUCUGUGUUUAAUGUUGUGUAUUUCAUGUGGGGGUUAAUGGAAUAAACUCAAUUCGCCUUAGUGGAAAAUAAAACAGCUAAAAGUGA